AUGGCGUCCAAGAUGGAUGAAGAUUCCGAAGAAAAACUCAAAUCUGUUGCAACACAAUUACCGAGCGACGAAGGAAAAAAUGAUGGCCUUGACGUAAAGCAAAUAAAAGAGGACAGAGAUAGGAUAGAAGCUUCUAAAGCAUCGAAAAACUCUGAAAUAGUUAACGAAGUAGUGGACAAUUUUUCUGGCGACGAAUCUGAAAGUGAAACUUUUCAAGAUGCCGUUCAGGAUUUACACUUAAAUGAGAAAAUGGACUCUUUAGGAACAACAGAAGAUGAAGCUGAAAACAACGAUAAGUUAAAGGACGGUGAAGGUGUUGCUGAGGAGCAAGACAUACUUACUCCUGAGGAGAAAGAGGUUUGCACACAAUAUUUUCCUAAUUUAAGAGAAUUUUCUUCAGAUUCCAUUUAAGCUCAUUUAAUGUACGCACCUCCCGCUGACGAAAUUUUCUGAAGAGGUUUACAAAAAAAAUGGAAUUUCUGAAGGUUGUAAGACUAAAGAACAGGGCUUAACUACAGAAUACAGGGCAAAUGUUCAAGGUAUAUUCGUUGGGGCAGCUCGGCAGGUUGGUAGUCCUGACUGAAGAGCCACUGAUCCAUUUAGUCAGUAAACUGUAUAACCAUGACUGAAGAGCUGCCAAGCCACCAAGUCACUAAAAUAUAUACCUUUCUCGAUCUUUAAGACACUAACCUUGACUGAUCAGCCAUCGAGCCACCAAGCCAUAAAAAUAUUCAUCUUUUCUUGCUCUUUAAAUUUUAUGUUUUCUUUUUCUAUGUCUGUCGUAAAUUUAUACGUCUCAUAUCCUUCUCAUUCCCUUGUCAUGGCUAGCAAGCCUCCAAGCCACUUCUGUUUAAGACCUUAAAAUUAUUAUGGCCCUGUAUUCUGUAUUUGUUUGUAGAGCAAAUUUUCUGAGCAGAUAUAUGUGUUGCAUGUUUAUCAGUGAAUUUUUCCAAGGGCUUUUGGGGGGAAAAGAGGGGUAAAGAAUGGUAACUCGAAAAACAUAAGUCUAGAAAAAUUUUGGCCAAGUCUUGAAAUCUCGGAAAUGUUUUUGAUGGGUCUCGAAGUCUUGUUUUCAAGUGAUUAUUACGUCUUGGAGUCUCAAAUUUUUUUUGCCAACGGAUCUUGGAGUCUCAGAUUUGUUGUCCCUUUUCAUUUGGUCUACCCUCAACAGUCGAAAUUUUUCAGAAUUCAUGGGUACAGCUUAUCAAACUCGGGUAGUAGAUUAAGACAGUAAAACUUAACAAGGUAAAACAGUAUUUUGAUGGGCUUCCGAUAGCUUCCAUUGGCAUUUUCAGUCACAGUUAUUUAGCUUUACAUGUGCCAUAAUCUCAGCAAAAAUUUUCGGCGAUUAGAGUCUCGGGUUCGGAAUUAAUAAAGACACUGAAGUCUUGGUCUCGAAUUUUGAAACCAGGGUCUCACAGUCUGGAAAAGGCUCAAAUAUUUUAUUUACAAUUAUAUACCCCUAAAAAGAGCAUCUUCUUUUUCUUGGUCAUCGGGUGGAUGCAUAGUGAAUGGAAAUAUGGCUCUUAGACUAACAUGAUUUCAGCUUACCUGUAGCUGAACCCUCCCCGAAAAGAGGGAUAAACAAUGGGAGGGAUUUUUCUUUUAGCAAGGAAUUUGGUCAUUUAAAGGGGUACACCUGGAAACGACGACCCAUUAACCCUUUAAGCCCCAAUACAUGUAUCUACAUAAAAAUUCUCCAGACUGAGAGAAUUUGACAAAAAAUCAAAGCUUUCUCUUUAGUGACUCUUUGGCUGGGGUAUGUUGUGCAAUAGAAGCAAUAAAUAAUUAUUAAUAUUAUUAUUUAUUAAAUAUGGGUAGAUUGCCUCUUACCCCGGAGAAAUGGGUAAGUUACUGGGUAGAACGUUAAUGCCAUUAUCACAUCUUGAAAAUAAUGGUUGCCUUUUGUAUAACUACAUGUACAUGGCAAACAUUUUUGCCUACCCAUACCCGUAGACGGAAACAGUCUACUGUAUCUUUUUUCAAAUUACCUUAUGUUUUCUUCUGAAACAAAGGAAAAUUUCACAUGAGAUGGAAGAUCAGUUUAUUGGUGCAACUUCUCCUAUGCACCCCUUCAAUUUAAAUUCAUCAAGUGUCUGUACUAACCACAUUGUAUUAUUUAUUAAUAUUUUUCUAGGAAAGAAAAACACAGGCCCAACAAUUCAAAGACAGAGGCAAUGAUUACUUCAAAAGAUCAGGUAUAUGUCUAAUGAGAUUUUCUUUUAAGGUAGAAUGAUUAUAAAUAUUAUGCAUGAAUAUUACAAAUAUGAAAUCAUAACGUAACCAUAUACAAUGUACAGUGCUGUACAUGUAAGUAUGAAACUCCCAAUGAAACAGGAUCUUUUUACCGUGAGUAUAUCAUAAACACAAUUAUUUGUAUAUUUUUUGUAUUUUUUUUUUGUAGAAUACCCUGAGGCUAAAGAAUUAUACACAAAUGCAAUAAAGAUAUGCCCAGAUGACUUCACCAAAGAAAAGUCAGUAUUUUAUGCUAACAGGGCAGCCUGUCUGGUUAAGAUGGUAUGUUCUUUAUGAUAGUCAUUUUGUUCUAAUAAUAAUAAUGUACCACAGCUUAAUGUACACCUUAGUUUAUCCAAGGUUCUAGUAGCAUGGGUUUGGAUAUCAUUUAUAUUAUGUUAUUUAUAAGCAAAUACUGUGGAAUUUCAUUUAAGAAGUCAAAACCAGAUCUGGUCAUUUACAUAUAUCAGUAUAUGCUCUAGUAAGAAACACUUUCAAUUGAUAAACCUAUUACACUAUAAGUGUAGUCACCUAUGACGUCAGGGCAUUUGGCUGAAAGCUCAGAAUAAUUAUGUUGUAAAUUAUCACUUGCAAAAAUUGUAAUGAUAAUAUUGAAUUGUUUUGAAUUUCUUAUCACACAUUAUUAAAGUUCAUGUACAUACAUCAGGAAGUUGUUGAACCGCUCUUGUUAUGUAUUAACCAAACUUUUAUCAUAAAGUAAAUGCUUUUAUUCAAAUGUUGACUGAAUAAUGAUCACUCACUGGAACUCAAAACAAAGUAAAAGACCAGCUGGUACUCCAAAAAUUAUUGUAAAUUAUUUAUGACCUUGAGAAACAUUAUACAUGUAUUUUUAUGUGCCGUUUCUGUACCUCCUUGAUACAGACACCCUUAUUGUGGACAACUCUCCUGGUUGCAAAGAUGUCAAACUUUAUAAUUAUGAUUCUCUAUAAUACGGACAACUCUGUAAUGCAGACAUUUGGCUCUGUCCCUUUGCUGUCUGUGUUAUUAUUAGAGGCCUACAUGUAUCUUAAUUCAAAGGUUGAAUAUUAUGCUUUAAUCCUUUACAGGAUCAACACAAGGAGGCAAUAGAGGACUGCACAAAAGGUAUAGUCUAGCACUUGAGUCAUUGUCAUCACUGUCAUCAUGAUAAUAGGGAGCUUAAGCUUAAGGUACAAUGACGACGAUGGCUACAAAAAUGUCACUUUAAAGGGCAGCCACUCUGUUUCAAACUUAAUCGUGCUUAUUCCAUCUCGUUCAAUUUGUCAAAUGUUGGCAAUUUUUUCUGGAGAUGAAUUCUAACAGGUUGUAUCAAAGUUCUGGAAAAGAAAAAGAAAGUCUUUGUCUUGUGUUCACAUCCUCCACAAAACGUGAAAUUAGACGUUUUCACGUUGUAGUAGUGCAGUGACGAUAAAGAAAUGCAUACAAAAGGUGAUGCUGUGUAGAGUUGUUGUUUUACCUAUUUAAACCUUUUUUUGCCGUUCUUGUUAACGUCAUUGUUGUCAUUGCUUAUUGAAGCUCCAUAUUCAUAAUCAUAAUACGUACGGUAGAACCGCUCUGUUAUGGCCACCCUGGGGACAGAAGAAAGUGAGCAUUUUGGAGAGGUGGCCAUUAUGGAGAGGUAAGAGGGUAAUAAGACAAGUUUCAUUGUGCUAAGUUCAUGCUUACAGAAUCCCAUGAUGGUAAUCCAGUCAUAAUAAUGUAGAGAUAGAAUGCACAAGAAGCUUGAAUUAUGUUUUCGAAUCAAAAUGUUGAAGUGAUAAAAUGAGCAAGGUUUUACAACAUUGGCUAUAAGUAUCAUAGAUGAUAAUUAUUUAUGCUUACAGCUGUACUGCAGCUGGAAAAAUGAAACCAAAUCAAAAUGCACGAUUGGUGCGAUUAAUCAUGAACGUGACAGAAGGAUCAAAUUUCAUGACCAUUCUUAACAUUUUCAUCAGUAGCUGAAAAACCUGACAGUUGUUGAGAGGUUAUUUUGAUAGUUGGGGACACUAUUUAGUGGCCAUUGCCAUUGUAGAGAGGUGGCUGUUGUAGAGAGGUUUAAAUAAAAGUCAAGGUGUGGCCUGUUUGCUGGGACAAAAUAAAGUGGCCGUUGUAGAAAGGUGUCUGUUGUAAAGAGGUGUCUGUUGUAAAGAGGUGGCUGUUGUAAAGAGGUGGCCUUUGUAGAGAGGUGUCUGUUGUAAAGAGGUGGCUGUUGUAAAGAGGUGGCUGUUGUGGAGAGGUGGCCACUGUAGAGAGGUGGCCUUUGUAGAGAGGUGUCUGUUGUAAAGAGGUGGCUGUUGUAAAGAGGUGGCCAUUGUAGAGAGGUGUCUGUUGUUAAGAGGUGGCUGUUGUAAAGAGGUGGCCAUUGUAGAGAGGUGUCUGUUGUAAAGAGGUGGCUGUUGUGGAGAGGUGGCCACUGUAGAGAGGUGGCUGUUGUAGAGAGAUGGCUGUUGUGGAGAGGUGGCCAUUAGUGGAGGUUCAACUGUAAUUUUAAUAUCUACUGUUCAGUGUCACUUAGGGAAGUGUUUAGUGUCCUCCUUUUAUUCAAUGACUGGCAAGAUUUCCAGCCCAAUAAGUCUUUUUUGUUUUCAAUGACUGAUUUCAUGAACAUGGACAUGAACAUGAAAGCGAUUUCUUGCUUUCUUAUUGGUUUAAAGUUUUUGUCUAUGAGAGAAUGAUGAUGGAAAUUACUUAACCAUGGCCGGAUUUCAUUUAGCCUUUUAAUGUCUAAGACUGACCAACACUUAGUUUUUCCCUACAUAUUUGAGACAAAUAGUUAGAUCAUGAGAAAAAAGGAAAUGAUCAACUGAAGAACUGAAAAGAUCUUUAUUGUUAAACAAAUUCUCUCCAUCAGUACGAUAGGAAAGUGUGGAAAACAGUGAACAGAAUAUACUUGUUUAUGUUACAGUUUAAAGAGUUAAUUAAGGACUCCUUAAUUUUUACAGCUUUAGACCUGAACCCAGAUUACAUGAAGGUGAGGCUCAGGAGAGCCCAAUGUUAUGAGCAUGAGGAUCGAUUAGAAGAGGCAUUAGAAGGUAAAAAAAACACACAAAGAGUCAUUUCUUUUUUUACAUUUUUGCUGAAAGAAUUCACAAAUAAGUUUCUUUAUAUAAAUACCUAAGACGUGAUUACAUUUAGAACAAUGUACAUGUAUUAAUGUCCGGUCAAAGAGGCAUUAUUUUAUUGAAUGUUAGCACUAUAAAAAGGAUUUCCCAUGCCAAUCCAAAACUUAGAAGAGGAAAAUCCUGUCAUAGUAACUCAGUGUAAGAGUGAAAGGAGAUGUCUCGCAGCUGUAACAAGUCCUCGCAGGACUGGUUGGGAAAAUAAUGAGAGAAUAAAGUCAACCAGAAUGGAAACUAGUCGUAAAACAAAAGAACUGUGGCAUAAAAAGGUUAUUAAUAGGUGUGAAGGGACAGAACAUGACCUCAAUUCCCAUGUUUUGUGUUUGUGGGAGGAUUCAUGCUUUUCUGCAAUUUCUUAACAACUCUUCUUAGGAAAAAUCUGGUUACAGAAGAAAAUUAAUAGGAAGAGAAGGAAAAAAAAACUACUUUGAUAUUGAAAUUUUGCUUUCUUUGCAUUUCCAAGCUGAAAGCAUGGAUAUUUGUCCUGUUGCUGGCUAAAGUACUACGAUUUCAAAUUACACAUUAAUCAUUUAAUGAUUUCAACUCUGCAAGGUGUUUAAUAUUUUUAAUUAUUGCUAUUUUUGUUGCUCUUUUAGAGUAUCAAAAGGUGUUUGAUGCUGAUCGUUCUUCUCAUGUUGCUAGAGAAGCUUUGAUGGUAAGCUAAUAAAAAUUUCAAAAAAAUAAUGUUGUAUUUUGAAACCUUACUUGUACAUUUGCCUUUGGUUGGCUGGCUAUGAAAAUCGGGAUUGGGACAUGGAAGAAAAUACCAUUUGUGCUGAGAAAUAAACUGGUUAAUGGAGCCCUGUAAGAGUUUGGUAGGGUCAGUGUCCUUUCAAGGGGGACUAGACAGGUUAUGACCUGUUAUGGAGGACACCUUUUCACCCCAGUUGUUAAGAUAAUUAUCUGCAAAAAGUUACUCGGAUUUACAUUCAUUUUUGUCACUUGAAAUGGAAUUAAGAACAAAAUUUGGACUACAUGUAGGAACAAAACAUUUGGAUUGCGAUUUGAGCUCUUCCCUCCACCCUUCACAUCUCUCACAAGAGGAACCUUUUUUAUUGCAUAUUUUAUUAGUUCCUGGCAUUAUUGCUUUGCAUUAAAACAGAUUGCACAGACGACAGGAAACUUUUCAUAGAUCUAUCCUGUAUUCCAGAGAGGUAUAAUAUAGCAUAACAGGUCAUAACAGCACUAUCUCUUUCCUUGGGUUUUCAGAGACUCCCAGAACAGAUCAAAGUGAAACAUGAGAAGAUGAAAGAAGAAAUGAUAGGUACACAUUAUUGGUUUCUGUAGUUUAAUGCAUCUUAAUAUAUAGACCUGUUAUAUAUUGGACUGUCUGGACAGCAAUAAUCUGAAUAACCAGAGCAUCAGCCUUUUUAUUAAUGAAGGCUGUCAUUAGGUCAGGUUAUAACUACAACACAAAUGGUCAUCCUCGGUUUUUUUCCUCAGAACCAUGACUGUCCAGAAUCAUACGCAACAAUUAUGCUGCACCCUAAUUUCUCACAGCUUAACUGUUUGCCCCAUGCACCCAAGUGAUCUACCAUGGCUCAAAAGAAAAUUGAGAGACUGCUAGCAGUCAACUUAUAAACUAAACAUUCUUUUUUUUCUCAUGACUAUAAAUAAGAUGUAGGAUAAUCAUCUUUCUUUUUUACUACAGUGAGAGUCAUUUUAAGAAUUAUUGUGCUCAAACUUCCUGCAGUUGGCCAAUAUUUUGUUUUUAUUUUUGUAGGAAAACUUAAAGAACUGGGGAAUGUCUUUUUACGACCAUUUGGCUUAUCCACCAACAAUUUCAAGCUCACACAAGACCCAAAUUCUGGAGGCUACUCAGUCAAUUUCCAAAAGUAACCCCCAAUGGAAUCAAGUGAGACAUUGUCCUGGAAAAUAUUGUACAUGCACCAAAUUUAAUUAAGGAUCCGGGCCACAAGAUGAAUAAUUUUACUUCAGUUAUUCAAACACAGGACCUAGACAACACACUGUAGUCCUUCUCAUUAGAGGAUGCAUCCAUGUACAUCAGUACU